CUGCAACCAACCGACGUCAACCAUAAAUAGCGAGCUAGCCAGUUGUUGUUUUGGGGGAAUAAGAAAAGAGCUGCAAGCGGAAGAAACACCGGAUUUGGGCUUUUUCCUCUUCGCUCAUUUAGUUUUUUUCAAAUUGUUUUUGUAUACACAACUGAAAUAAUGUCUACGCCCGCAAGGAGACGGCUAAUGAGGGAUUUUAAAAGACUUCAGGAAGACCCUCCCACCGGUGUGAGCGGAGCGCCGUCUGAGAACAACAUCAUGCUGUGGAACGCUGUUAUUUUUGGGCCUGUGGGGACGCCAUUCGAAGAUGGAACAUUUAAGCUGCUGAUAGAGUUUUCAGAGGAGUAUCCCAACAAGCCCCCCACGGUUCGGUUCGUCUCCAAAAUGUUUCAUCCAAAUGUUUAUGCUGACGGCAGUAUAUGUUUAGACAUUCUCCAGAAUCGCUGGAGCCCAACGUACGACGUGUCGUCCAUACUCACGUCCAUCCAGUCGUUGCUUGAUGAGCCGAACCCCAACAGCCCGGCGAACAGCCAGGCGGCGCAGCUCUACCAGGAAAACAAGAGGGAGUACGAGAAGCGGGUAACGGCCAUCGUGGAGCAGAGCUGGGUGGACGGCUGAGCGUCUUCCUCUCCAUACCCGUCGUCUUCAUCACCCUCCUCAUCAUCAUCCCUCUUCUUCAGCCGCACAUCAAGAAACAACAGUAACUAUCAAAACUCAAGUGCCACCCUGAUAAGUAAAAAGGAAAACCAAAUCUGAACAGACAUCAAGUUGCUUACUGAUCGUUGCAGGAAAUCUGGGGUGUUGGGUUUCCAUCUUAAAUUGUUUCUUGUCUUUUUUUAUUGCAUGGUGUGGGAUAAGUUAUUGCUAAGAAAACUUGUAAUAUAUGUUUGGUUGGACUAAAAGCGGUUAAUGGCUGAGUUGUACUUUUUUUUUUUUUCUGCUGAUUUGAGAAGGAAACGCUAACGACCAAAUCGGCACGUUUUUAAAAGCUGUGGAAAAACCCAGGAAAUGCCUUUCAGAGCUCAUAAAUAUCACUGAUCCUUAGUUAAACUAAGUAAAGAACGUCUGCCGCGCCGUUUCUGCUUCGGUUUGGAUUCAGUUAGUUUGAGGCUGCAGCUGCAGCAGGCGAAUCACGACUCCCCGGCUCGGCACGACAAAGGUUUUUUAUGAGAGAGGAAAUAAUGUUUUUACGUUUUAUUU